AUGGCUGGCGGUUCGGCCCUCACCAAAGUGGUGGACUUUGUGUCCGUCAAGGCUGACGCGGGAGAAUUUGCUGAAGGCAAUCCUAUGCUCAACAACUAUGAUUUGAAGCCUGUCGAGAAAGAACGCCGCCAAUGGGGAGCGUGGAACUUUGUCGGAUUCUGGAUUGCUGACUCUUUCAACAUCAAUACAUGGAUGAUCUCGUCUUCUAUGAUUAUUGGAGGCCUCUCAUGGUGGCAAGCCUGGCUUUGUGUUUGGAUCGGUUAUGCCAUCGCCGCGUGCUUCAUUUGCCUGACGGGCCACAUUGGGGCCACAUAUCACAUCGGCUUCCCUAUUGUCGCUCGAUCGUCAUUCGGUAUUUGGGGAAGCUUGUGGCCUGUAUUCAACAGAGCCGCCAUGGCCUGUAUUUGGUACGGGACACAGUGCUAUAUCGGCGGCCACUGCGUUUACAUCAUGAUCAGAUCUAUCUGGCUAUCCUGGGACCGCACCAAGAUCCCAGACACAUUCAACAGUUCCUCAACCAGCACGGCCGACUUCGUUUCAUUCUUCAUCUUCUGGUUUGUCUCGCUGCCCGCGAUCUGGUUCCCCGUCCACAAGAUCCGACAUUUGUUCACCGUCAAGGCGUACUUCGUGCCCAUUGCUGGUAUCGCAUUUCUGGGUUGGUCAUGCUCUCGUGCUGGAGGCAUCGGCCCCAUCAUCAGGCAGGGGCACACAGUCCACGGAUCAAAGCUUGCGUGGGCUAUGAUUGCUGGUAUCAUGUCUUCCAUCGCGAACUUUGCAACGCUGGUGGUAAAUGACCCCGACUUUACUCGUUUUGCGCGGAAACCCAGAGACCAGCUCUGGUCCCAGUUGAUCACUAUCCCUAUGGGCUUCGCAGUGACGUCUUUUAUUGGUAUCAUUGUAUCAUCAUCUGCGACAAUCAUCUAUGGAGAGACCAUCUGGAACCCUCUGGACCUUCUCGACAGAUUCAUUGAUGACGCCUCAUCUGGUCAACGGUUCGGCACCUUCGUUAUUGCGCUUGCUUUUGCCCUGGCGCAGCUCGGAACCAACAUUGCUGCCAACUCUAUUUCAGCUGGCACUGAUCUGACUGCAUUACUACCCAAGUUCAUCAACAUCCGCCGCGGUGGCUACAUCUGUGCUGCCGUGGGCUUGGCCAUGUGCCCGUGGAACCUGCUCAGCGACUCGAACAAGUUCACAACCUAUCUGUCCGCCUACAGCGUUUUCCUCAGCUCCAUUGCCGGCGUCAUGGUGUCGGAUUACUACUUUGUCCGCAAGGGAUACCUUGAAAUCUCGGAGCUCUACCACUCCCGCGACAACGGCCCGUACUACUACACCUUUGGAAUCCAUUGGCGCGCCUAUACCGCCUACAUCUGCGGUAUCCUCAUCAACGUCGUCGGCUUUGCCGGGGCUGUUGGCGCUACCGUCCCUAUUGGCGCGACUUAUAUUUACAACCUCAACUUUUUCUGCGGGUUCAUCGUUUCUUCCAGCGUGUAUUGGGGUCUUUGCAAGGUGUCUCCCAUCCCUGCCACGAGCGAUGUGUGGAUGGAGGUCAUCACGGAUAAUGGUCUGGACGAGGAGAUGGGUGACGAAUCUGGGAAGCCGGAUGACGUUGUCAAAGAUCCAUCCAAGAGCUCGAAGUGGUUUUCUAAGUUUUAA